GUAUGGACGUUUUACGCUGAAACACGUAAACUAUUUUUUAUCCGUAGAUUCUCAAUGGUGCAGAGAACGACUGUUGUUUUUGGAAUCUGUGUGUUGAGUUGUGUAUGUGGAGCGCUUAUGCUGUGGAUUUUCUCAUCCCAUGCAGGUUUUCCAGUAGAUUCGACAUUAUCUGAAGGUCUGAGUCGACGAGAACACGGCGAACUAGUUGACGAUAAACCCGUCGAUCAUCUCGAACCUCAUCACGUUGUUUUUCCUAAAAACAAGCCUGCUCAUACCCAGAUACACAGAGACGCAAUGAGCUCUCCACUGAUUAAGUCUUUUUCCUGGGGGAAAAUGGAUGUUGAGGACACCACGUAUAAAGACUGCAAAGUAUGGCCUGGUGGAAGCGAGACCUGGGACUGGGGUAAAACCGGCACUCACCACAGCCCUGGUGUACAGGUUACAGACCUCAAAGAUAUCCUUGAAAAGGGUGUUGAUGUUCUGGUGAUUGGCAAUGGAGUGAACCAGGCGCUUGGAGUACCGCAAGCAACCUUGAACUACGUUAAAGAUAAGCAUGUAGAGGCUGUGGUUUUACAGACUGAGAAAGCUGUACAGAAAUACAAUAGUUUGGUGAAAGGUGGUAGCAAGAAAGUGGGUGGAAUAUUUCAUAGUACUUGCUAAAAGAAUACUUAAUUGAGUUGCUGGGUGAAGGAAGCGAGGUGACAAUAAUAUUGGCAUUUAUUCAUAAAACAAAUCUGUAUAUUACAGCAAA